AUGAAGAUCCUUUUCAUCAUCAUCGGUCUCGUCCUAGCGGCCACUGCUCAGGAACCAAUCACAAUAAACUACCACGAAGAUGUUGGUAUAUUAGAGGCGAGACGUAUCAAGUUAGCCGAGAGAGCCUUAGACUUUGAUGGGUCCAGGGUUGUAGGUGGUCAAGUUUCCAGUCUAGGCCAAUUUCCACACUUGGCCGGUUUGGUAAUUGAUUUAACUAGCGGAAGACAGUCAGUGUGUGGAUCUUCUCUCCUCUCGAACCUAAAAUUGCUAACCGCUGCUCAUUGUUGGAGAGACAUUCGCAAUCAGGCUCGUUUGUUCACCGUCGUUCUUGGUUCUAUAAGAUUAUUUACUGGAGGCGUUCGCAUUGACACCAACAAUGUCGAAGUGCAUGGUAGCUACAACCCUACGAACCUAAACAACGACCUUGCCAUCAUUACCAUUCCUCGCGUUAGUUUCACCAAUAUUAUCAAUCGCGUCGCUCUGGUCACGGGAAAUAGCAAUUUCGUCGGCACAAUAGCCACCGCUGCCGGAUUUGGCAGAACCGGUGAUGCUGCAAGUGUCACCCAGAGCCAACAAUUGAGACACAUCAACGUGCAAGUGGUGACCAAUGCAUUCUGCACAACCAUAUAUGGUCCUGACGUCGUCAUCAGCUCCACCCUGUGCACAGCCGGUGGUCGACAAAACAUUUGCAGCGGUGACUCUGGCGGUCCUCUGACUAUUGGUAGCGGUGGCAACAGCCAGCUGAUCGGUGUCGUGUCCUUUGGCUCGCGUUCUGGUUGCCAACGUGGUCACCCAGGCGGUUAUGCAAGAGUGUCUUCAUUCGUAUCUUGGAUAAAAGCACGCAUAUAA